AUGUUGCUCAAAACGCCGCAGUAUGACCUAAGGGGGCACCCGGAGGUGUACGAGCCGAGCGAAGAUUCGUUCUUGCUCCUCGAUGCACUCGAGCAAGAGUUGGGGUUUUUGGAGGCCUUGGAGCCCCUUUUUGCGCUAGAGAUUGGCUCAGGGAGUGGGGUUGCCAUCACGGCUUUGGCAUCAUGUCUCAAGUGCGAGUGCUUCGCCACUGAUAUUAAUCCAGACGCGUGUGAGGCGACAGCCGAAACGGCUGCUUUGAACAGGACUAGAGUGAAUUGCAUCAACAUGGAUUUGCUUUUUAAUUUUAGGGAAAAUUUAUUUGAUGUUAUUUUAUUUAACCCCCCUUAUGUCGUUACGGACUCUGCGGAAAUAAGGGGCUGUGGGUUAAGUCGAGCGUGGGCUGGGGGUUGUACAGGUCGCGAGAUUACCGACCAGGUGCUCUGUAAUUUACAAAAUUUUUUGACACCAAAAGGAGUCUGUUAUAUGGUGAUUUUGAAAGAGAAUAACAUUGAUGAAAUUACCUCACUUGUACGUAAAAACAAUUUUCGCUCGGAAGUAAUCAAAGACAGGAAAAUAAGAGGAGAACAUUUAUUUAUACUAAAAUUCUCAAAAAAUGUCUAGAACAUGCAGGUAUACAAAAAAGGUAUAUGGCAUUAAAUAAUUAUACAAAAUAAAUAAAAAAGUUCGGCGUUUUGAAA